CAGAAAAGAAGAGAUGAAGUGUUCUUCUAUGCGCGGUUUCAUAAAAAUAGAUCAAUACAUUGUUCGCUGUCAAUGUCAAUAGAUUUGAUGGAGGACGGGUUUUUGACAGGUUUAUUAUCAACCAGAUAGCGUAGCGUUUGUUUGUUGCAUUAUUUGUUAUGCGUUUUAUUCAGCGAAGAGAAUAUUUUUCGUAAUAUUUCAAAAUAUCGAACUAAAAGAUGACUUCGGACGAGUCUGAUGAUGAACCGCUAUCCGUUAUAGCCGCUAACAAGAGGGAACAAGGUGAUGAAGGUACAGCAGCUGAGAUUACUCUGGUUCCAGUUAAAAAGAAAAAGAAAGUAACUCCUCCGAAGCGGCUUUCGAUCACUAUAAAGCUUCAACGGAAGAAGACUGACCAGCCACCAGUGAUAGAGCGGCCUGCGGACGUGUGGUUAUAUUUAAAGGACUUCAAUCCGGCAGGCCCUUACAGCUGUUUACUUUGCUCAGACUGGUUCAUAAACAGAUCGAAAAUUAUUAUUCACUACGUCUUGAAUCACAAGAAGGACUUUUGCGGUAUUUGUAGAUACUUUGUGCCUGACAGAGAUUCAUGGUGGAAACAUCAAAAGUUUCACACUCCUUGGCCCUGUUCCCAGUGUGUACAGAACUUUGAGACAGAAGCAGAAAUCCGGCACCAUCUGAAGACUGUUCACAAUCUUGUGCAUUGCAGACUUUGUCACUUUAGGGUCCUGGACGGUGAUCCAUACCACACACACUUGUUCCAAAAACACAACAUCAGUAAUGUGGCAAAUAAAGAUGAGGAAAACCUGUGGGAAUUAGAAUAUGAUGGCACGUCCAACUUCCAAUGUCUACUCUGCAAUAAACCGAACAUCACCACCAGAACAUUCUUCAACCACUACAUGGGGUACCACCAUUUCACUCUAAAAUGCUUUACACAUCUCAUCUCAGGCAGAGAUCCUCCAUUCACUGUAUUUGGAGCUGAUCUCAGACCAGAAUUUGUUGAGGAACAACUAAAGAACCAUCCAAGGUAUGGCUAUGUUGAAUCUGACUUCAAACCUGCUGGCUGCCCUAUUGAGGCUGACCCAAGUGCUACCAAAGACCUGCUCAAAGUACUCAUACCUGAAAUAAAGCAAGAAGUGGUGACAGCUGAUGAGGCUAAGACUGAUGAUGGUCUGGAAAAGACAAAGGAUGAGGAUUACGAUGAUGUGUACAAAAACUACAAUGGGGAUGAUGACUUUGAUGUCACUUCAUUGGAACUUGUAGCUGUACAGAAAUGUUACCAUGAUUACAUAAGUGAUAUUCUAUCAGAUAUCAAUGCUAAGGCGUUCUUUGAAUAUUCAGAUGUUAAUUAUGAGAAGAUUACAACAGAGAUUACUAUGGAUAUAGUCUGUACUCUGUGUAGUGUGCGGUACAGUACAUUGUCUCUGUUCUCUGCACACAUGUUUAAAAUGCACUGCAUAAAAUCAUCCCCAAUUUUUUCAUGUAGAGUGUGUGUGACACCCUUUGAAAACCAGACUGAGCUGGACAACCAUGUAACCAAUGAGUUGGGGGACUUUGAGGAUCUCUGGAUAUGUCAGUUUUGUGAUAAAGAGUUUGAUGACAGAGAGUCAACGCGGCGCCACUUGACUGAACAUUGGGAUCUGGUAGAAUAUGACAAUUGUUUUAGUCCACAUUUAGGUUUCAAGUGCAGAUACUGCCCCACACUGUUCUGGCAUGAAACAGACAGGGAGACUCAUCAGGUUCGCGCACAUUACUUUAAUCAUAAAGAGGAUUAUUACAAGUGUGAAACCUGUAAUGAGCUGUUUAGUGAUAAGAUUUGGUUUGUCCACCAUUACAUAGAAAGGCAUAGCACUCCAGAGAAGACACCGCUGUAUCUCCUCAAGUGCUAUCUCUGCUGUCUAGUACUACCGACUAUCGAGGAGAUGAGAGGCCACUUCAACUGUGAACACCCUGAAGCAAGGAAGGUGUUCUGUUCCUUAGACUCCUGUCAAUAUAAACCUUUGAGCCAUAGAAAGUCUUUCAAAUUGCAUGUGCGGUCGAUGCACACGUCCCGCGCUCGUCCGGAGCGCACGGCGGACUGCAGCGUGUCCUCCUUUAUUCGAUCGGUGCCACUUUUUUGA